GUUCUGUUAUAUGAAACUGUUUAUCUGGCAUGCUAAAAGUUUUACCCAAGGGCUAUCCAUAUUUACUUACUGAGUUAUCUCAUAGUUUUCCCUUGUCCACCAUUUCAGGAAGCGAAACUGAGGACGGGAAACCAAGGGGAGUGACGAGUUAGAAGGCUAGCCAUUUCGAGAUUGACAUAGAUUUAGAAAUAAGUCAUGAUCCUGUAAGCUAGAGUGUAUUUGGAGAUUUUAUGAUAUCAGAGCAGAUUGUAAAAAUUUUAUCUUGAGAUUUUGUGGUAUCAGAUUGUGAUUUGAAUAAGUUCCGAACCUUGUGCACUUGUGGGACCUGUCUCACGGGUGCACGGCGUCUGUCGCGUCCUCGGAUUUGGAUUCUGGGGCGUGACAAAAGGUGAAGAGGAAAAUAUAAUAUAUUGGUACAA